UCUCCAAGGAGACGGCUGCUCCCAGCAACCUGGCGGGCGUUGAUCGGAGACCCGGCGCGAUGGACUCCGAGAGCCUCCUGCUGUCGCUGGAGCUGGCAUCCGGCAGCGGCCAGGGCCUCAGCCCCGACCGCCGGGCCUCGCUGCUCACUUCCCUAACGCUGGUGAAGCGCGACUACCGCUACAGCCGGGUCCUUUUCUGGGGCCGCAUCCUCGGCCUCGUCGCCGAUUACUACAUCGCGCAGGGCCUGAGUGAGGACCAGCUCGCACCACGCAAGACACUCUACAGGCAGGGCCACGAACGGAGGCGGAGCAAGGCGAGAGUUCCCGGAGAACGGGGACCUGUAGCCGCCAGGUGGACGCCUGACAUUCCGAAGACCGCAGUUUCCAGAAGGGUCAGGAGCCUUGGAGGCCUGAACUGUAUGGAGUGGAGCCUCUUGCCCCCCGCCACGGAAGAGAUGGCAGUGGAGACGUCUGUGGUGAAGGGCCGCUUCAUGGGGGACCCCUCGCAUGAGUACGAACACACUGAGCUGCAGAAGAUGAAGGAGGGUGAAAAGGUCUUUGAAGAAGAAGUAGUGGUCCAGAUCAAGGAAGAAAACCGUUUGGUGUCUGUCAUCGACCAGAUUGACAAGGCUGUGGCUGUCAUCCCUCGAGGAGCCCUUUUUAAGACCCCUUUUGGACCCAUCCAUGUCAAUCGGACCUUUGAAGGACUGUCCUUGUCUGAAGCCAAGAAGCUUAGUUCCUACUUCCACUUUAGGGAGCCUGUUGAGCUGAAGAACAAGACCUUACUUGAGAAGGCUGACCUGGACCCCUCCCUGGACUUCAUGGACUCCUUGGAGCAUGACAUCCCCAAAGCCACUCUACAGGGCGGCUACUGUUACCAUCCCCAUUUUACAGGGUCCUGGAGCAUCCAGAUGGAGAGGGGCAACGCCCUGGUGGUGCUGCGCAGCCUGCUCUGGCCGGGCCUCACCUUCUUCCAUGCUCCCCGCACCAAGAACUAUGGCUACAUCUACAUGGGCACUGGUGAGAAGAACAUAGACCUCCCCUUCAUGCUGUAGGGGUGUGUGUGUGUGUGUGGGGGGGGAGCAGUGGCGGAGGCCAUGUACAGUCUCAGCAUUACUUUCAUAAACAGCUGUGAAUUUG